AUGGAAGCAAGUGCGGCCACCCUUCUCCUCCUGGCUCUCUGCCUUUCCUGCCUGCUGCUGCUCCUCCGAGGAGGACGAGGGGGCACCAAGGCACGGCUGCCCCCGGGACCUCGGCCCUUGCCCUUCAUUGGCAACCUGCCACACCUGGAUGCCAAGAACAUGAUCAAGUCCCUGAUGGAGCUCGGCAGGCAGUACGGCUCGCUCUUCACCAUCCACAUGGGCUCCCGGCCGGUGGUGGUGCUGUGCGGGUACCAGGCGGUGAAGGAGGCCCUGGUGGACCGAGGCGAGGAGUUCAGCGGCCGGGGAGACAUGCCGGUCCUGUUCCGAUUCACUCAGGGGAACGGCGUCGCCUUCUCCAACGGGGAGAAAUGGAAGAGCCUGAGGCGUUUUGCCAUCCAGACCUUGCGGGACUUCGGGAUGGGGAAGCGCAGCAUCGAGGAGCGAAUCCAGGAGGAGGCCCAGUGCCUGGUGAAGGAGUUCGCCAAGCGGACAGGUGCUCAGGAGCCCUUUGACCCCACGUUCCUGCUUGGCUGCUCGGUCUCCAACGUCAUCUGCUCCAUAGUCUUCGGAGAUCGAUUUGACUACGAGGAUCAGCAUUUCCUGACAUUCAUUGGGCUGAUCAAUGACAACUUCCGCCUCUUCAGCUCCCCUUGUGCCCAGAUGUACAACAUUUUCCCCCACAUCAUGUAUUAUCUGCCUGGACCACACAACCAGAUUUUUGCCAACUUUGAGAAGCUGCGGGCGCUGGUGAAGGAGAUGGCCAAGGCCCACCAGGCCAGCCUGGACCCCAACUGCCCGCGCGAUUUUAUAGACUGCUUCCUCCUGAAGAUGCAGCAGGAGAAGGAAGACCCCCACAGCUUCUUCCACACCGACACUUUGAUCAUGACCACCCACAACCUCUUCUUUGCGGGCACCGAGACCAUCAGCACCACCCUACGCUACGCCCUCCUCAUCCUCAUGAAGUUCCCCGAAGUAGCAGCCAAGGUGCAGGAGGAGAUCGCGAAGGUCAUUGGCUCAGAGCGCCAGCCCUCCAUUGCGGACCGGGCAAGGAUGCCCUACACGGAUGCUGUGAUCCAUGAGGUCCAGAGGUUCGCUGACAUCAUCCCCAUGGGCAUCCCCCAUGCCCUGACCAAGGACACCCAUUUCCGGGGCUUCUUCUUUCCAGAGGGCACCAACGUUCUGCCGUUCUUCCACUCCGUGCACCGAGAUGCCACCCAGUUCAAGAACCCAGAGAUGUUUGACCCCGGGCACUUCCUGGACGAGGAGGGGGCCUUCCGACGCUCCAACGCCUUCAUGCCCUUCUCCGCCGGGAAGCGGCUGUGUCUGGGCGAAGCCUUGGCGCGCAUGGAGCUUUUCCUCUACCUGAGCGCCCUCCUGCAGCGCUUCUCCUUCCAGCCCAGCUGCCCCCGCGACCAGCUCGACCUCUCGCCCAUGAUGAGCGGCAUCGGGAACGUGCCGCGCCCCUACUCCUGCCGCCCGCUCCCCCGCUGA